CUAAGUUGUAAAAAUACUGUCACUGUCUAUAUAGUCAGAUUUUUUAAUAAUUGCUAUAAUUAACAAUAGUUAAUUGAAAGAAUUAUAACGUAUCCGCAAAUUUCCGACAAAUAAGAAAGAGAUUCUAAAAUAUGAAUUCUUCCAAAAUGGAAAGAUUUCUGCCAAAUGAGUGCUAUAUUUGUAAAUCGAGGGACAAUUUAAAAAGAUGUGAAUGCAACAUGAUUUCUUAUUGCUCUGAGGAUCAUCGAUUAGAGCAUUUACCAGUUCACGAGACUUUUUGCAAAGUAAUUAAAGAAUUAUUAAAACAGAAAAGAGUGUCACACAUUCAUGAAGAGCUGAAAAUUUUAGGUGGAUUCGAUUGGAAGGCAAAAAAAGAAAAAAUCAGCCUUGAAGUAACAAAGAAAUUAGGAAGACCCAUGAGUCUAUUAGAAAAUGCAAUGUGGAAACAUCCGCGAUUGUGUUUCUUUUGUCGUCAAACAAGACAAGAGGAUUUAAAAAAUUGUCCUGAUUGUCCAGUGGCAAGUUUUUGUAAAAAGCACCCACAAGAUGAACUUCACAGUACGAAUUGUAAAGUGAUGAAUCGAUAUUUAAACAUUUUGAACACAGCCGAGGAAUUAAAUAUCGACUUGAAAUUUUUGUCUCCUACUUUUCCGUGUAUUGCAGAAGAAAAAGUAAAUCAAGUUAUUGACGAACUUACACGGACAUUCAAAGUAAUUGGCAUAAGGUCAAAGUGUUUUAAAUCGAGAUUCUCGAAAAUAGACCUAAUUAACUUUAUGGACGUAGCUUCGAAAAUGAAUAGUGCUUUACAAAAAGUGCACGACACGAUUCCCGAAGUAUUGACAAUUCACAUCGAUGCCCUUUUCUCUAAACACGCAAUUACAAAAAAAAAUUAUUGGGAAUUUCUCCUGCAUCUCAAUCCGCAGAUAAAAAAGUUGAAAAUUGUCAUCACUCAAACUGAAAAUCGAUACAAUUCUAAGACGUCUCUUUGUGAAAAUUGCAUUUCGGAGGAAAAAGAAUUGAUUGUGGAAUAUUCUUCAGAAUUUUACGAUGACUACAUGCUAGAUGAAAAUUAUCAAAAACCGGAUAUUCUAUUUUACUUGAAAAUCAACGACCAGUGUAAUUUCGAAAAACGAAAUCAGUGGAGUGAAUUAUAUUGUCCCGUUAUUUUACGAUUUGAUUCAAAACUAAAGUUUUGUAAAACACACCAUUUUCUCGCGUCUUCGACAGCAAAGUUUCGAUUCAUUUACGAAGGACAAUUUACAACACCUUUCAGUACAUUAUCCUCAAUUGACAAUGAAGACUACUUUAUAAUUUUGCAAUCAAAGGAGAACAAAGUACUCCAAAAAUCUAUUUAUUCGGCAAGAGGCGAAAUCUGCGAGGGACAAAUUGGCACAAUGACUGACAUUAACGAAAAUUCAAAAUUGGAAACAAACGAAAAUCUCUCUGAUUCAAAUUCUUAUAUCGAUUUAAGCAAAAUUACAAUUGAACUGGAAAAUACAAUCAUAAACGAAAUUGAGGAGGAGAAAAAUUCUAAUAACGAAAAAACGAAAAAUAGAGAAUCGACUAAGGAAGAAAAAUCCAAAGAUGACAAUAUGAAGAAGAAUAUAGAAGAACGCAAAGAAGGGGAAGAAGAGACAUUUAAUUUUUCCAAGUCAUAUGUAAUUGGACAUGUUUCGUAUCUCAAAGACGAAAACGAAGGUUUACGACAACAAUUAAAUUUAGCAUUCAAUGAGAUAACGAAACUACAAACAAAACUUAACAAAAAAGAAAAGGUAAUAAAGAAAUUAUUAGGCGUUAUUGUCGACUUUGAAGACACUGAUUCACAGUCUGAUGAAGAGAAGGAAAUUUAAAUCCAUUUCAAAAAAAUUCCUCUCUUAUCUUUUCUUUAAAAAAGAAUCUUCUAGUUUAUCAUUUUUUUGAAUUCAAAAUUCAAUUAUUACUUUUCUCUUCAUUUCCUAUUUUAUAUUUUUAG